UUGAGCCAAUCAGCUGCGGGGAAGGAGGGACUUCCUGGGCGGGGGGCCGGAGCUUUUCAGUCGCCGGGCUCUCCGUGGUCCCGGCUCGCGUGGUGGUGGUGGUGGCGGCAGCGGCGGCGUCUCCGUCUCCGUGAGGAGGCGCGCGGGGCCAUGACGUCAGCGUCCACAAAGGUCGGAGAGAUCUUCUCCGCGGCAGGCGCAGCCUUCACCAAGCUCGGGGAGCUGACGAUGCAGCUGCAUCCUGUGGCCGACUCUUCCCCUGCUGGUGCGAAGUGGACGGAGACGGAGAUAGAGAUGCUGAGGGCUGCUGUGAAGCGAUUUGGGGACGAUCUUAAUCACAUCAGCUGUGUCAUCAAGGAACGGACAGUGGCUCAGAUAAAGGCCACUGUGAAACGCAAGGUAUAUGAAGACUCUGGCAUCCCCCUUCCAGCUGAGUCACCCAAGAAAGGGCCCAAGAAGGUGGCAUCUGGUGUCUUGUCACCUCCUCCAGCUGCCCCUCCACCCAGCAGCUCCAGUGUCCCUGAGGCCGCGGGUCCCCCCAUAAAGAAACAGAAGGCUGAUGUGACACUCAGUGCUCUCAACGACUCUGACGCCAACAGUGACCUGGUGGAUAUUGAAGGGCUGGGAGAAACUCCUCCAGCCAAGAAACUCAACUUCGACCAGGACAGCCUGACCCUGGAUUCUGGCCUUCUCAUGACCUCUGCUGAUCCUCCUCUACUCUCCUGCUGAGCCUGCCACCUCUGACCUCUUUCACUGUUCACCCUGGACCUGUGGAUUGCCUGGGACUCUGAGCAAGGCCUGCACAAGAGAGGGCCAAAAAGCUGCUGGGGCUGUCCACUUUGCUGUUCCUGUAUAAGCGUCUGCCCCCAACCCCUUUGCCCUUCAUCUGAUGGACAUUUUUAUACAGAAAACAAUAAAGAUUUCCCUCUCAGCUU